AUGCCGGCAUAUCGGAUGCUUGAUCUCAAUCCCUUAUCAGCCCAAGAAAAUACCAUGUACUCUGGACGCGGGGGAGCAGGGAAUUUUCACCCCCUCAAAAACAGCGCCAUAACGCCCUCCAGCUCGAUAUCAAGCACUCGCACGCUCUCCUCCCGUCUAGGAUUUAAUGCACGACAAUUGCUCCCAGGUGGUCGCGGAGGGCUUGGCAACUUCCACAGCUCAUCGGAGUACGCGAUCUUUAGCUUCGAUGAGGAGCUCGAGCAGCAAUUGAAGCGCGAGAAGGAUGUCGCUCCUGUCUUCCAUAUCGGCCGAGGAGGCGCUGGCAACAUGGCAGCCGCCGCCGUCCCAGACGCUCCUAUCAUGAACCUCUCCAAGAAGCGGUGUGGCACAGGAAGCGUAGGAAGCUCGUCAGAUGGCAGCUCGUCUAGCGGAAAGGUCAAAGAUUGGCCACGAAGGAAUUUAGAUUCAUGGCGCGGAGCCUUGAAAGGGAUGCCAUCGUGA